AUGAUUAAGGAACUGCUUAUGCAGCAGCAUGGAAGCAUGAAACAAAAGAUUGUUACUUCCGCCAAUAGAGGAUCAAAUAUUCAUGCACUUUGUCGGUCAUUAUUGUGUAACUGCACCAAGAUUACUUCAGCACACUGGUCUCAUGUGGCCUUUCUGUGUUCUUUGCUGAUUCAAUUCCAGACUGUUGUUGCAGAGAGUGCAAAGCUUCAAGAGGAAGUCACUUCAAACAGUGACCAUGCACAUGUGCCAGCAGAUGCAGAAGGCAACGAUGUUGAUCCCAGUCCUCUGGCAACCACACAGUGCACUUGGACAUUUAAUCAAUAUUGGAGCUAUAUCAACAUUCUUCUAGAUGAGCUCAGGGACAAUGCUAGGAAGAAUACAUCUACAACUCAGGCAGCCAGAGAAUUCACUAAAAAAGGUCCUCCGAGUGGACUUAUGAAAAUACCCAAGUACAAUGUCCCUUGCACCAUCCCUCAACUCUGUGACUGUGGACUGGCAAAAGAUGAUUCAUAG